AUGAAUUACAAUUCGGGGGAGAACACCGAUCCGAGUAUGGAGCGAAGUGACAACUCGGUUGGGGACUACAUGGAUGAAGGGAAAGACCAAAAUGUAGACGGAGUGGGAAUAACAGAACUGUCUGACAACGAAUUCACCGGCGCGCAGUUCAUCCCAGAACUGCACGGACUGGGAAGACCGAGACAAGCACUGCCCCUCCAGGUGAACGAACUGAAUAUUCCAGGACAAGUAUCCCCUUACCACAUGCCAGUAGAUGAUACAUCCUCAGAGCAAGAAACUUUAUAUGACGAAAAUGGAUUACCCAUAAGGACAAAUUCGAAUGAACAAGAAGGUGACAAAAAAUUGUGGUCAUGGACCAACGAUGGAAAAUUAAAGCUUUUAUGUUCUCAACCAAUAAUCCCAGUAUCGGUUGUACAAGGAAUACUAAGGAGGGAUAAAAUUAUUUUAAUACCACAAGUAGAAGUAACCGAUUUUGUUGUGCCAAAAAUUUACAACCAAAAUAUAAAACAUGAUGUACCCAAGUUGGAUUUAAAAGUGCAAUGCUCCAAUGUGGAAAUACCAAAUGUGAAAUACGUAGAGAAGGAAAUAAUUAUUCCAAUCAUCACAGGAUACACACAUAAGUUCAUCCCCAAGUGGGAUGUCCACGAGGUUCCUAGGCCGGUUGUUAAAUACAUAGGAGAGCAAAAAAUAGUGGAGGUAGAAGUACCCGAAAUUAAGUAUAUUGACAAAAUUGUAGAAAGAGAAGUAGUCGUAGAUACUGUAGAAAAGAGGGUUCCUAAAAUUAUCGAAAUUCCAAAAUAUGUGGAUGAAGUGAAGUAUGUCUGGAAGCCUAUUGAAAAAAUUGUAUACAUACAGAAACUAGUCCCCAAAUUUGACGUCAACUUGGAAUGCCCUCCACCUUUAAUCGUUCCCUACCCGGUACAAACGGUCAAGCAGAUUCCACCUGUAAUGGUCAGGAAGGAUGUGAAAUUUCCAGACUGUGAUUACACGGAUUUCAAUUCGCCUUCCGGGUCGUUGCCAGUCCCUAGGGAGUACGUCGAUUAUUACACUUCUAGGCAGAAAGGCCAAAAAGGUAUUUUCUCCAACUGCUGCGAAAACAAUUGUAAGAGUCGGGAAGAUCAUGAGGAGACGUACUACGAUGUGUCCCCCAAUUCUGCCAUGAGGGGUUCUGAAGAGUCCAUCCAGAAUGAACUAAAUAUUUGUAAUUCCUCCAACCCGUUUGUCAAUACCAGCGUCGAUUCGAUUUUAAAUAAGGGGGGGUCAAAGCUCGCCCGUGACGUGGACAUUAAUGCAAACAUGAAUGCAACCAUUAAUGAGAAUGUAAGCGUUAUUGCAUGA